GGGAGGCCUAGAACUCGCCAUCUCCUGGUUUCCAGAUCAUUUUCACAUGCAGUCUGAAAGCUUGAUCAAUCCCUUAAUGCAAGCAAUUUCCCAUCAACACUACAAGGUCCGGGUCGCUGUCAUUCAUGCCACAGGAGCUGUGAUACAAUUUGGCAAUGUGAAAUCUCUGGAUGAUGUGCUUUCUCAUCUAGCCCAGCGGUGUUUUGAUGACAUUCCACAGGUCAGAGAGGCUGUUAUUAGUGUUGUUGGGGAAUGGCUGUUGCACCUGCGGGAUCGCUAUUCGUAUUUUCAUAAGUUAAUCCCUCUCUUACUCAGUGGCCUGACUGAUGAAAUGCAUGAGAAUAAGGAGCUGGCUUUAACUUACUGGAAGAAAGUUGGGUUGCAGUGGGAAAAAGAAAAUGAAGAAGAUAUUAAGGAUAAACUUGAUUUUUAUGCUGUGCCUUCUUAUUAUCCUCCAGAAUUAACUCGUCCAGAACUGGGAUGUCGAGAGCUGGUAACCAGAAACAUCUUCAAAAUACUUCCAGGCCUCUGCCAUGAUAUAACUGACUGGGUCAAAGGAACCAGAAUAAAGGCUUCUCAGCUCCUGUUUAUAUUGUUACAGCAUGCAGAGGACCACAUCACACAGCACAUGGAACUCCUCCUGCGGACAUUGUACCGUGUGUGUUCCGAUGAGGAAAGUAGCGUGGUUAGCAAUUGUGUGAAAGCAGCAAAACUGAUUGGAGCCUUUGUCAGCCCAGCAGUCUCUCUGAAAUUAAUCCUGUCUGAUCUCGAAAGAGCACCGAUGGCGUCUUACCUUAUGAUCCUGGCGGCAGUUAUCCAAGGCUCUUCCCGGAAAGUUUUGCAACCUCACUUGGUGCCCCUUGGUAACGCGCUCUGCAGCCCUGAAGUCAGUCAACGGACUGAAGAGGUCUCUUAUUUAGAGCAGCUGCUUUGCUGUGUGGAAGCUCUCAUUGAGCUGUGCCAGGAAGACUGCAAAGAAAUAAGCCUCCAACUCACCAAGGUUUUGGUGACCAUCAUGGCAAUACCAAGUGCUGGACGUUUACAUGUAAAGUUAGAGGAUGCAAUGAAUGCGUUGGCUGAGGUGCAGCACAUACAGCGUGUUACUGGCUUGUACAAGCAGCACAUGUCUCAACUAAUGGAAUGGGUGUCCUUAACUCAUGAUCACUGGAGCUGCUACUCACCAGAACUACUGCAACUGGAUGUAAUUGCCACUCACUCAGGCCCUGUGAUUGCCGACGUUCUUAAGGAUUUUGUUUUCAUUCUUAAAACGUGCCUUCAGACUUCCAGGGACCCUCGGAUGCGCCUGAAGCUAUUUUCUAUUUUAUCCCAGUUGCUUCAGAAACCAAACGAGACGGUCAAUUCAAAAGGGCAGUUCUGUAACUACCUUGAGAUUGUGAUAAAAGACAUCCUGUCUCCUAAUCUUCAGUGGCAAGCUGGAAGAACAGCAGCUGCCAUCCGCACCACGGCUGUAGCUUGCCUCUGGGCUCUGAUUUACAGUGAACUCCUUUCUCCAGAAGAGCUGCGAAAUGUUGAAGAUGCCCUGAUGCCUCAGAUCAUUGUGACGCUGGAGGAAGACUCCAAAAUGACCCGUUUGAUGUCUUGCCAAAUCGUCAGAACUUUUUUAGACAGCUGCACAAAACAGUCUGAACUCAGCAAAAUUUAUCCAGAACUCUUGAAGCGUCUGGACGACGUUGCGCAUGAUGUUCGUUUGGCAGCUGCCAACGCCUUGACCAGUUGGUUCAAAUGCGUAAAUUACCCUGAGACAAAAGCCCUUCUGAAAACCAACAUUGAGGUUCUCUAUCAAGAACUGCUAGUUCACCUGGAUGAUCCUGACCAAAACAUCCAGUCUGCUGUUUUAGAUACUUUGAAAGAAGGAGGCAUUCUCUACCCAGACAUUUUGGCAAAGGAAAUAGAAGCAGUUGUACACAAACAUCGUACUCCAGUCUACUGUGAUCAGCUGCUUCUGCACCUUGAAUCAACGGGUUGGAGCUAUUCUGAGUCAUAAAUGCCUCAAUGGCAUUUGCACAAUUUGUGCCUUAAUUAAUUAAGCCUUAAUUAAUGAAAUGUGUACCCCAGAAAAGUGGUACUUCAAUAAACAGAGACAUUUAAGCUGGGAUAGGCUAAAAUUCAUAUCCUCCCCUCUCUCCCACCCCUUACACACACUGCAAAAAAACCUUAUAUGUACAGUAUUUAUUGUUGCAGACCCUGAAACUAACACUUUUGCUGUUCAGUUAAAAUUACAAGACGGCAAUGUGUUAGAUCAAGCUAGUGUGCAACUUGAAGGAUCCACAUCUAACAGAAUGAAAGCUCUUUUAUUCUAUAGACAUUUUUAAAAUGGAGAGUUUUUUAUUAAAUUAACUGUAAUGAGUCUAGAUUGGAACCAUUUCCAAUAUGUGAUACUAGAUAUUCAGCUACAGAAGCAAAAAGCAGGGAACUAGUCUCUUUGCCUUGAAAUUCAAGUUACGUAUCAAAUAAUCAUCUAGACCAGGGUUCCUCAAGCUCAGCAACCCAGAAUUCCCCAGCCAGCCAUGCUGGCUGGGGAAUUCUGGCAGUUGAAGUCCACCCAUCUUAACAUUGCUGAGGUUGAGGAACCCUGAUCUAGACCCUAUCUUGAGCAUGUUUUUUUAUAUUUCCUGGGAUUAUGAUGGAAUAAGAGCAGUGUUGUGGUAUAAAAACUUAAUCUAAGAAAAGGUUUUGAUAAGAAGUUUCAAAUGGAUUAAUGAAGUUAGUAGCUUUCCUUCAGUGCCUUUGUAAAAUGAGCUCUUGUGUUCAUUAGUUGUGCUUUCACUAACUGCCCUGAUUUUAAUUCAUGCUCUUCAUUUUAUGACAUUUUGAACGUUGCUGUUUGGUUUCUUAAUACAUCUUUAUAUUUUGUGAUGAAAUAUUGUGUCUGUAUAAAAUAU